AUGACUUCAUCCUCGGACCAGCCGCCUGCCGAAGGCAAAUUCCGUAUUGCCAUAAUCGGCUCAGGUCCGUGCGGCAAGCUGCUCGCCAACUCCGUUAUACAGCAUCCCCGCAUCGCCUACGACCAAUACGAAGCCGAUAAACUCCCGGUGCGGCCCUCAUUUGGGUACGGCAUUGGUCCGCAGACUUUGCGCGCAGCCGAAGUUUUAAAUCCUGCCUUGGGGAAAGCACUCCAUGAAAGAUGCACUCUGAGCGAUGCGUGGUUAACCAUUUAUCACGGCGGCGAUGAGAAUCAGCUUAUCCAAGCUGCCAAGGUUCCGGAGGGGAAACGAUACGGCAGACUCCCAAGGCAGGCACUAUUAGAGUUACUCGACGCACACGCGCCUCCUGAACAUGAAACCAAGUAUGGCAAACAGGUGGUUGACAUGAAGAAGCUGGAGGACGGGCUUUUGCAGCUGCGUUUCCAAGACGGAUCCACAUCGACGGCGAACGCUGUCUGGGGCUGCGAUGGCAUGAACUCGGUCUGUCGCAGGUUCAUGGAAGGAGACAGGUACAAGCCGGCAGACUACUCGGGCACGAUUGCCUAUCGCGGCAGGGUCCCCGCCUCCCAACUCUCCGAAGAAAUGAAAAGCGAAUUCGCCAGCAAGAUGUACAUGUUCCUCGGCGUCAAGGGCUGGCAUGUCCAGGUGAACCCCAUAGACGGCGGUGAGUCUAUCAAUAUUGCAGCGUACGCCUUGAGACCGGAGUAUACAGCGAAGGGCAUGGAUCGCGCACUGGCCAUGAAGAACGUUCUGGGUUACUUCCCCGGCCGGAAUGAGAAAGUAGACAAGUUGCUUAAACUCCUCAUCUCUUCCGCCCCUGCCGGGCCCCAACCCCUCUUCCUCCCCACCCUAACGCAAUUGGAACCCUUCUACAACGCCUCCCUUUGCACAACCACCUUCGGCGACGCCGCCCACGGCAUGCCGCCGCACCUUGCGGCUUCCCUGUCUACAGUCUUCCUGGGCGUGACCACCUUCCUCCGCGAUGGUCUGAACCCGUUAAUCGACCGGCUAUCGUGCGACGCGACAAAUGCUGAGAUCGCGGACUUGAUUAUGGAGGCGGCGGCGGCGUAUGAUGUGGUACAUCGGCCGCUAGCGCAGAAGCUGCUUGGGCUUUCGCAGGAGCAGGGUGAGCUUUGGAGUGGUGGGCGGACGGAGGUGGAGGAGUUAAUUAGGAGGUCGAGAGUUGUUUGGGGGUGUGCAGAUGGCUUCCGGUGA